AUGCGCUCGGGGUGGGAGCCGGGGCAUCGUCCUUCCCGGGACCGAAGCGCAGCCCCGGUUGUGGCUGCAAAACCUCCAGGAGCCCAGGUGCACAGGCUGCGUCCCCCGCCCCCCGCCCGGCCUGUCCCGAAGGAGGCGCCGCGCAAUCAGAGGCCGAGGGACCCGGCAGCCGAGCGUGUGGACCAGACCCCAGCGAUGACCAGUUCCCCCGUCUCCAGAGUCGUCUACAACGGCAAGAGGAACAGUAGCCCCCGCUCCCCCCCCAGCAGCAGCGAGAUCUUCACCCCGGCCCACGAGGAGAAUGUGCGCUUCAUUUACGAAGCCUGGCAGGGCGUGGAGCGGGACUUGCGGAGCCAGAUCUCCGGCCACGAGCGGGGCCUGGUGGAGGAGUACGUGGAGAAGGUCCCCAACCCCAGCCUGAAGACCUUCAAGCCCAUCGACCUGAGCGACCUGAAGCGCCGCACGCAGGAUGCCAAGAAGUCCUAA